AUGACGACGUCCUUGACACAUGACCAUGGGACUGUUAGCACAAUCGUCCAGCUCACGGAGAAUUUCCGACUAAACCCAGACUUAGGCGACUUCGUCUCAACAAUCUACAGGAGAUCUUUCAAGCCUCAAAAAUCGCAGAAUGUCAAAGUAGCAAAGCAACUCGAAAGCCUCGUCUCAUCCUCGGUCCCCUCCCACGACGCAACGCUUGCACAAGCACGAGACAUUCUCGUUGCUCUUUCUUCCGCUAUGCGCCGUCGUUUCCAAAACGUCCUUACGGAACCAAAGUUAAUUCGUCAACACCAACAACAGCAAUCCGUCCUUGCAUUGGACAUGCGACCCAUUUCCUUAUCCCUAAUCCGACUAUCCGUUACCUCGAGCUCACCCGAUCAGAUAGGGUACGAGACUCACGUUCGUGCCGAAGCCAAUUUUGCUGCAUCACUUGUACGGCUUCUACAGGAAGCAGCACCAGAUGAGACUAUAUUCGUUGCUACGCCGCAUCGAGUGCAACGACAAGCUGUAAAGGACGCCCUGCAAACACGAGUGGAUGACCUCUCAGAGGCUUUCGGUGCUUUGAAAUUGCAGGACGAAGCGGACGACAGGUCAACCUUCGAAAGAGAUAAUGUCACCGUCGAUACAAUCGAGCGAUUACAAGGUUCAGAAGCUGCUUUCGUAAUCUGUCUAUUCUCGUACACUUACACAGGGAACGUAUCAACUGCCAUCGACUUCCUCCUCGAGCGAAGACGUCUCAACGUGGCUAUUAGUCGAGCAAAGACACUUUGCCUCCUUAUAACGUCUCAGGAAGUCCUCCGUCCUUCUGUCCGAGUAUUCUCAAAUCCUCGAAGUGCAAAAGGUUUCGCUUUCUUGAAGGCCUUCGAAGAUCGAGCAUGGUUGGCGGAUGCAACCAUCGAUCUCGACGAGUUGACAGACGUCAUCGUUACCGAUCAGAAAGAUGAAAGGGUGCAAGUAUAA